AAUAAUAAUAAUAAAAAAGUAUAUACAAUUCUAGUGUUUUUAUAUUGCUAAAUGGAAAAAAAAAACAGUGCUUUUUUUUUUCCCGUUUAUGCACUCUUCAAAUCGAUUCUUUUCAAGUCGUUAUUUUGCUGUUGUCGGUGCAAGUACGUCAAGAGAAAAGUUUGGUAACAAAGUAUUACGCUGGUAAAGUAGUGCGAAUACAACAUGAUGAUGUUGACUAUUGAAAGGUAUCAAUCUAACCAACUUGAUGUGAUUCCCGUUCAUCCGAAAGAACCAUCGAUUGAAGGUCUAUCCACCAUCCACUCCAUUCAGCAACUUGCUCAUCCUGAAGAAACAUCUCUUUCUAUUAUUACACCACCCUCCAUCACACACCAAGUCCUUCAGUUGGCUGAACAAUUAGGUAUACAGCAUGUUUGGAUUCAACCUGGUGCAGAAGAUGAAGCAGUCAAAACAUUUGCUCAACAGAGUCAAAUGAACAUCAUUUUAAAUGCGUGUAUUUUAGUAGAUCAUGCCAAGUUUUAAUAGAUGAGUUUAAGUGUCACUACUUCAAAUGGUUUAAUUUUAAUAAGCA